AUGCCUCUUUCACAGGCCAAGGUUAAGAGCGUCACCUCCGGUGACACCUUGGUGCUCUCCAAUGUCCACAAUCCCAGCCAAGAACGAAUCCUGAGCUUGGCCUUUGUUUCGGCCCCAAGAAUCCGCAGAGAAGGCGAUGAGCCAUUUGCCUUCGAAUCGCGCGAUUACCUCAGACGACUACUCGUUGGAAAGGUCAUUCAAUUUACUGUCAUCUACACUGUUCCUACCGGCGUCAAACGCGACUACGGUCUUGUCUUCCUCCCGUCCGGCCAUACACUUCCUGAACUGCUCGUGUCUGAGGGAUGGUUGCGUCUACGAGACGAUGCCGAGAGAAAAGGUGAUUCCGAAGAAUCUGUAGCUCAGCUGGAGAAGCUUAGAGCCGCGGAGGCCGGCGCACGAGCGCAAUUCAAAGGUGUCUGGGCUGCCAGCGGUGGCAAGCUGGAUAACAUCUAUGAGGUCCCCGACCCCAAAGCGUUUGUCGACGAGUGGAAGGGAAAGACAAUUGACUCCAUUGUCGAGAGAGUCCUGACUGGAGAUCGUCUGAUUGUCCGGCUGAUGGUUACUCCAACGCAACAUGUACAAACGCUCUUGCUUAUUGCCGGCGUGCGGACACCCACGACAAAGCGGACGAACCCCGCCGACGGCAAGGAACUUCCAGCAGAACCGUUUGGCGAGGAGGCCCAGCAGUUUGUGGAGUCGAGACUGUUGCAGCGGAACGUCAAGGUUGAUCUGCUCGGCGUCAGCCCGCAGGGUCAGCUUGUUGGAACUGUUAUCCAUCCUAAUGGCAACAUAUCCGAGUUUUUGCUGAAGUCGGGUCUGGCACGGUGCACUGAUCACCACUCCACCAUGCUAGGAAGUCAAAUGGCCGCGCUGAGACAAGCCGAGAGAGCAGCGAGAGAGCAGCGUCAAGGUCUCUUCCAAGGCCUUGUCUCCACAAAAGCCAACAACUCCCGCAAUAUUGAGGCUACUGUUGUUCGCGUGCAGAGCGCGGAUACCGUCUUUUUGAGAAACAAGGCUGGUGAGGAGAAGAGAGUGAACCUCAGCAGCAUCAGGCAACCCAAGCCUACUGAUCCCAAGCAGUCUCCCUUCGCGGCCGAUGCUAAGGAAUUUUUGCGGAAGCGACUUAUUGGAAAGCACGUGCUUGCAACCAUUGAUGGCAAGCGACCCGCCACUGAGGGUUACGAGGAGCGGGAGAUGGCCACCCUUCUCCUCAACAACAAGAAUGUUGCCCUGACUCUUGUCGAGAAUGGCUAUGCCUCCGUGAUCCGCCACCGUCGGGAUGAUGAAGAUCGCUCAGAGAUUUACGAUGAUCUGCUUGCCGCCGAGGAGGCUGCCCAGGCCGAACAAAGGGGAAUGUGGUCUCCUAAGCCUCCUGCGAAUAAGCAAUACCAGGACUACUCCGAAACCUUGCAGAAGGCCAAGAUCCAGGCCUCUGUCCUUCAACGCCAGAAGCGUGUUCCCGCCAUUGUGGAUUUUGUCAAGAGCGGAUCUCGUUUCACUGUCCUGAUUCCUCGCGAGAAUGCCAGGCUCACCUUUGUCCUCUCCGGCAUUCGCGCUCCUCGCUCCGCCAGAGGCCCUGAGGACAAGGCCGAACCCUUUGGACAGGAAGCUCACGAGUUUGCUAACCGCCGCUGCAUGCAGCGUGAUGUUGAAAUUGACGUAGAGACCACUGACAAGGUUGGUGGCUUCAUCGGUACACUGUACGUCAACCGUGAGAACUUUGCCAAGCUUCUCCUUGAAGAAGGCCUUGCGAGCGUGCACGCGUACUCUGCAGAGCAGUCAGGCAAUGCGAAAGAGUACUUUGCUGCCGAACAGCACGCCAAGGAUGCUCGCAAGGGCAUGUGGCACGAAUGGGAUCCCAGCCAAGAGGUGAACGAUGAAGAAGCUGGUGAGGCCGCCGACGACGAGGCAGGUAAUGGAGAGGCUGUCGUCGAGCGCCGGAAAGACUACCGCGACAUUGUUGUGACCAACGUGGACGACAGCGUCAAGCUUAAGGUUCAGCAGAUUGGCACGGGCACUGCCGCUCUCACGGAGCUCAUGAGCGCUUUCCGCACUUUCCAUCUGUCCAACGCUACCUCGCUUCCUGGUGCUCCUAAGGCGGGCGAUUUUGUUGCGGCCAAGUUCACCGAGGACAAUGAGUGGUACCGUGCCCGCAUCCGCCGCAACGAUCGCGAAAACCAGCAGGCCGAGGUCGUCUACAUUGACUAUGGUAACUCUGAGCUCGUCCCCUGGUCACGCCUCCGUCCCUUGACUCAGCCGCAAUUCCUGCCGUCCAAGCUCCGUCCUCAAGCGCAGGACGCCGUUCUCUCUUUCCUCCAAUUCCCCCUUACCUCGCCAGAAUACCUUGCCGACGCCGUCGCUGGAGUCUCUGCCGCCGUCUCGGGCGCUCAGCUUGUUGCCAAUGUCGACCACCAGGACCAGGAUGGCACAUUGCACGUCACGCUCUUUGACCCCAAGAGCAGCGCUUCUCUCGAACAGAGUCUCAAUGCCGACUUUAUCGCCGACGGUCUCGCCAUGGUGCCCCGCAAGCUCAAGGCCUGGGAACGCGCAGCUUCUGAUGUGCUCGCUGGCUUGAAGGCCCGUGAGGAAGAAGCCAAGCACGAACGCAGAGGAAUGUGGGAAUACGGCGAUUUGACAGAGGAUUAA